UUAUUUGAACAAGAUAUCGCUCUAAUGGCGAGCAUUCUACAGCAAUGUCAUCCUGAGACUGCGUUGUUAGAGUAAUACAAGUGUACACGUGCACAUGCAGCGCUAAAGCCUCCAACUGUAGUCUAUUAGCUUAACCGUAUCCUGUCUGUCUAUACCAUUUCAGAUCCAUCAGCUGGUGAGAAGUCAACAAACAUCGAACAUUUUCAUCUCCUUAGGAGCGUCAGUAUCGAUUUAUAACAACCCUUGACAGGUUUAUGACGUUAUCUUCCUCUUCCUUUGUCGUCUUUGAUUUCUUUCGUCCAUCAUUGAAGGAUACAAUUGACUACAUUGGGCUAGUUUUAUGAUAUUGCGGAGGAAACUCAACACAGUGACCGUUGGUACUGCCUACGAGCUAGCAGUUAUGCACUCUCUCACUACUCAGCUUAAAAUGAAUCUCAUGAGAGUUGGCGGCGCAAAUGACCGUGGUGUAGAUUUACAAGGAUGCACACAAACACAACCCCGUAUUAGUUUAUUAGUACAAUGUAAAUGUGAAAACAAGAAGCUCUCACCGAGGCAUAUUAGAGAAUUACAGGGUACACUCAUUCAGCACGGUAAUAUAAAUACCACUAUGGCACUCUUAGCCUCCCCUGAAGGCUUCACAUCGAAGACAGUCGCAAACGCAAUCGCGUCUACACUUCCUUUGUCUCUAUUGCAUAUAUCCACCAACGGCAUUCUCCAUAAUUGCAUAUUCAACCACCCUGCAUCCUCUCUAUUGAAUGAGGCUGGCUUACAUCUUGUCAAAAAGUUCGUUGGUAAUGGCACAGACGUCAAUAUCUCACUAGAAAAAUCAAUAUAGACGAUUAAAUACCUAAUGAAUUAUUUGAUCAAACUAUGACUUGUAUAAUACACAUGUUAAACGCAAUUUGUCGAUUAUAAUUAGUCGCAUAUCGUAUAUUAAGUUGAAUAAGCUACUCUAGCACCAGCAAACACGUAAGAAUAUCUACAAUUGCCUCGUUAGAUAAUCGUUUUCAAUCAGUAAAAAGACUCACGGCUUUUGGUACCAAUUCCUGAAUGAAGAACGCUCAGCAAUCCUGCCUGCAGUGGCAUAUGAGGCUCCUGAAACUACAUAAUGAGCUCCAUCGUAGAAGUCACUCGAGUAACCAGGGUAAAGAUUACUAGCUUCAUAUCCCUCGAGUUUUUCGAAUGUAUUACUCGACCAUUCCCAAACACCACCGUUGUGUCCUUUGCCCGUUUCAGAUGGUGCAGCUGGUGGGAUUGGAUGCCAAUUAGCAAAGCUGACAUUGGCGCCUGCAUGGUCAUUUCCUAUAGUAUUAGAUAACACUUUAAGCUCUGCUUCAGUUGGUAUCCUUCCGCCUUUGUCGACAGCGAAUUUCUCCAACUGCUCCAAACUAUCCUGGACUGGCCAAGACUGACCUAUCACGAAAUCAACGAGACCAUAUAGUGUCCUUAUCUUGAUUUCACCAUCGCUCAAUGCCCACGAUGCGGGCAAGUGAUUGUUACCGGUCUUCUGCAACCAUUCUUUGUAUUCGCCGUUACGAAUUGGUAGAGCGUCCACUUUGAAGCCUUCUACGUGGACCCUGUUGCAUGGAUUCUCGCAAUCCCAUCCGUAUUCAUGCGAGUCCGCGUUUUUAUUUCCUGCAUCGAAGUCUCCUGACUCCGAAUCAUUGUGUCCUAGAAGGACGUCCUGGCUAGCAAAUUCUAGCACUUGAUUACGCUCUUCAGCUUUUACAUCCCAGAGGGACUUAAGUGCAGUCCAGUCAGGAAUACUGAAACCAGAUGGUGGGUUUAUCUCCUCACAUUUCUGGAUGAGCAUGUAAAGCAAUGUUUCGCCAUGCAUAAUCAUAUGCUCAUAAGUCAUAUGAAGCACUCUCGCUAAACGUCUGUCCAAAUGUAACUUUCCAAGAUCAAUAUCUGCGUAGAUGUUGAGCAGUCUCUCUCUUGUCUUCAUAUCAAAUUCGAGAACUUCUUCCAGCGUUGGCCAUUCAUCUUCGUUCUCAGGAACGGCUGAAUGGUCGUGACAUACGUUUGGAUCAUCCAUAGAAGGAUCGAUACCUCUCUCGAAAAUAUCCUUGAAAUGCUCAUUCGUGAGCGCCUCACCAAAUUGACGCGAGAUGUAUAUGUCCAAAAAGGCAGGUAUAUGUCCAAAGUAGAAGAGAACUAUAUGUCGCAAGUCUAUUGGUUUUCUGUGCAACAUAUCUGAUGGUACCAUUUUCAUAAUGCAAUCCCAGCAUUUCCACAUUUCUAACCAAUCAUCGAUGAGUGGUACACCCUGGAGCGAAUGCCUAGUUGUAGAAGCCCACAUCGGAAGAUUAGGUGGGAGAAGAUUGAACGGUGGUCUUUCAACGAGCCACAAGCCAUACAUUUUUUCGCUAUCUGUCCAUUUGUAAGUUACUCUCAAGCCGGCAGCCUUGAACAGGGCAAUGGCUUCCUCGUCUGAGUACUUAUAAGACCAUUCAACAUUUAGUAACUCGUCUUUGGCUAUAUCUAUCUCUUUCACUCCAUUUGUGAUUUCAUUGAAUGCAUUUACGACUGGAACAUUGAUAGUGAAAUCUUCAAGGGAUUUGUAAUAUGCCUCAUGACGUCCUUUAUCUUCGUCGUAUACCGAAACAUAUCUGAAUUUACCUUCAAGGAGCUGUUCAUUAUUGUCAUUAUAUGGUGCAAGUAUACGGCUAGCAUGUGAAAGACCGUUGAGAAUGAAGCUUUCGGUUACGCCAUAUUCGUCGUCAUACGCACGUUUCACUAUUGGUGCCUGAUUGCGUCCAUCGAGACCAAUUAAAGAAUGAAACUGCAGAGGUUCUAUCGAAAUUUCCAAUCGACGAUCCAAGGUGCCAAAAAGAAAGUGGACCCCUAUCAUCUCCUAAAACACCCACGUUUGUAUCACCAGUCAAUCCAGGUGAAGAAGGAGGAGUUGGAAGUGAAGAUUUGCGCGGUGGAGAAGGAUCGAAAUCGCUCAUACUGACAAUAGAUUCUUUGCGAUCAAUCGAUGGUGUUGACGAGUUUGUAUCGCUUUUCAGCUUUGAGCUCAGCCAGUUAAAGCCCAUAUCAUAUGUACCACAUAAUCCUGCCAAAUUUACCCCAUUGUCUAACUUUUGUUCCCGCAUCUCAUCGAGUGUACGUUCGAGUUCAUCUCUAUCCAAGUCGAGUGCGAAGUAGUCUACGUCGCCACUUUCAUUCUUUGUUUUGUUGAGGUUUCCCAUCGCUGAGAGUAGGUGAGACGUCUUCCUGAGUGAACCAGCUCCCAAUUCGAUAACAGUACCUGCGUUGCAGUUGUUAAAUAAUUUACGUGCUAUUUCAUCCUUGUUGUCACGCAAUAUUUCUAAUUCUUUCCAAAAAGGAUAAUAAACACCUUGCGUUAUCUUGUCAUAUAUCUGUAAUCCCUUAUUAUCAUAUAGCAACAGUGUUGGAAUUGUUUUUGUGUAUGGAAGCGAUGUCGAUUCGGGAUUAAUCUUAUCUUUGCUGCUAUCCAGACACUGAGCUAAGCUCUUAACUGAAUAAUUGGG